AUGGUAUUCGAUGCAAGUGCAAAAUCAGUGGGACUGGCUUCAUUAAAUGAUUGUUUGUAUGCUGGACCAUCUUUAACCGAACCUUUAUAUAACGUCUUAUUGCACUUUCGAUCUCACAAAGUAGCCUUCAUUGCUGAUAUCGAGAAGGCAUUUUUACAAAUUAGUUUACAUUCAACCGAUGGUGAUUUUCUUCGUUUUAUUCGGUUUAAAGAUUUACAUAAUUUAUCACUACAAAACAUUGAAACUGCAGAAAUUGGUAUUUAUAGAUUGAGUAGAGUAUUGUUUGGUGUAAGUUCGUCACCAUUCCUCCUUAGUGCCACUCUUAUUAAGCAUGCUGAAUCAUUUAAUCAUGUUGAUCCUUUGUUUGUACAGAAGUUAUUGAGUUUACUUCACGUUGAUGAUCUAACUUCCAGUGGCGCUACUGUUAAUGCAGCACAUGAUUUUUACCAGAAAUGUAAACAACAUCUCGCCGAAGCAAAUUUCAAUCUGCAUAAAUUUCAUUCGAAUUCCGAAGAGUUUGAACAAUUAUUUACCAAACCCCAUGUUGCUCAUACCGGACAUGUUACCAAAGUUCUUGGUGUUUUGUGGGAUAAAAAGAAAGAUUCGCUCUUAUUCACAUUCGACGACAUUUAA